CCUUUGCUAUAAUUUAUCGCGAGAUAAAAUAUUUUACGAUUAAAAGAUAUUAUUAGAGAUAUUAUUAUAAAUAAGGAAACAGAAAACUUUAUACAAGUGUGUUUAUAAUAAGUAAUUUUUUUAUCGGUUUUAAUGUCUCCAGCAGUAGUUUUUUGACACAGCGUUUGAUAGCUAGUCUUCUGAAAAAUAAAACAAAGUUCCCUUUUUCGGGGCUAAAUCAUUGUUCCUAUUUUACUAAUAAAGCAAAAGAUAUAAAAUCAUAUAAUAUUAUAUUCUCUUCUAUUUUAUCUACUCCCAUACAGAAUAGAAAUGAAUAAAAAUAUACACCAUAUAUAUAUAAUAAAAUCAAAGUUUUUUUAUUGCUUUUAAGACGGGAUUUCCCGCCAAAAUAUCUGUUUGAGAUAGGUCAAGCGGAGCGGAGACUGGCAGACCGGGUAGGUGGAUCAAGGUGAAUAACAUGUAAGAAGACGGGUGGACGCGCCAUAGGUAACGGGCGACAGGCGACAGGCGACGGGCGACAGGCGACAGACGACAGACGACAGACGACAGAGAACGGGCCACAAACUACCAUGGCUGGCCAUAGCACUACUGCUACUGCACAUCACUGCACAGUGCAGAGUGCACAGCACUGCCGCAGCCCGCCAUGGCGCUACUGUCGGCCGACGCGGUCGCUGGUCGCUGUCGCUGUUUUCGUCUUGCCUCGUAGAACGACGAACAAUUUUCCAGACUGAGGAAAAUCUAGCCGUUCACAUCGACUUCGCCGUGUGUAAAAAAAGAGAUUGCGGGUCAAACCUAUACAGAAUGGAAGGAGACGAUGGCCCUUCGGCUAUCAGUAGUAAACCUACCAUCAUCAAAGCGGCGCAAGAGCAAAUGGGACGAUUAGACGUAUUAGUAUGCGGACAGUGUCAUUCCGUUUUUCACUUUAUUGAAGAGUUUCAAGAACAUCGUACAAAGGAGGGAGCUUGCUCCAAAGUUUCACAUUUUCGUGAAAAUAACGACAAUGGACAAAAAGCACAAGUUUGGGCAUUCUUGUUAUGGAAAGAUUCACAAACCCAACCAGAAGGUUCGGACAAAGAUGCGACUAAUGCUUGGAAACUCUACCAAAAAUGGUGUAAAAUGGAUAUGCAUGUAAGAGAUUCCUGGAUUGCAGCGGGAAAGACUAUACAAACUUUUACAAAAAUUAGUAACGCAAAAAUGCAAGAUACACCGAUACAAGUUCAAACAAAUACUAAUGUCGAAGGUGCCAAGCCGAUAAUAGUUCGCAAAAUUAUUAGAAAUGGACAGCCAGACGAAACGAAUGAAGCUAAAAAAGAUACUACAAAAUUACCAGAAACAAAAACACAAAAGAAUGAAUCUGUAGAAAUGGAAACGGACAAAAAAGAAAAGCCAAAACUUAAACCAUCAAUUAAGCCCAAGAACAAGUCUGGCAAGGCAGCGAUUGAAGACGCGGAAUCAAGCAACGAAGAGUACGUUGUUGAGAAAAUUUUAGCUAAGCGUUUUAAUCCCAAAAAGAGAUGCUCGGAAUUUUUAAUUAAAUGGGAAGGCUGUUCACAUGAAAAUAAUACAUGGGAGUCUGCAGAGGCUGUAUCAACUUGCAAAAAUAUGUUGGAAGAAUUUGAGCGGAAUCUCGCUAAGCAAAAAGAGCUUAAAGCAGCUCAACAACAAACUAAUACAAAAGUCGUAGGACGUGCAAGUUUACCGGCCCAAAAACCGGUGAUAAAAGCUGAAGUUAAUAAGCCUGGACCGAGUACAGCGACACAAGCGGGACGACCAAUGCGAUCAAGUAAAUCAAAAGCAAUGGAUCAAGUAAAGCAAUGGUGCGGCUCGAUGAAAGAGGAGGAUAACGAACUAUUAGGUAAAAGGAGAAUGCACGAUUCGGAAAGCGAGUCAGACGAUGGAGAAAGCAGCGCUGCAAAGAGGACUAAAGUCGAUACAGGCAGUGAUGACGAAUGGACUGGAGAAUCGGACAGUGAUUCGAGAAUGGGCCGUAGCGAUGUGAUUCAACGUGCGUUCAGUCGCGCUAAUGCCCAGUCUAAUGGUUCCAACAGAGCGUCAGUUUCAUCCACUGACUUGGCAACCUCAUUAGGAUUACAAUCUCCCGAAGGGGCAAAAUCCAGCCAACCACCUGUUUUGGUAGCUAACGCUAAGGGAGUUGUUAAAGUCGAUCCCAAACAGAUGCCAAAUUUAACUUCUGGCGUUUAUGUCAUGUCACGGAAAGAUGGUAUCAUUAAGCUAGAUUCGUCGCCUAGCGGAAAACUGGCAGUCAAAGGAUCUCCGACGACGCAAGGUGUGUUAAUGGUUCAAAAUCGGGACAAUAUAGCGAGAAAACAAUCAAAUUCGAUGACUCCUGCGAUGAAAGUUGUUUCAAAGAUGGAUGGGAGCCAAGUAGUAACGCAGAUGAAAGUGGUCACCUCCAAACCUAUUACGGCGAAAACGCCGGGAAGUGUGCAAAAGACAGAACCUAUAAAGAUACAGCCGAAACCAGAUCCGUCGCAAUUGCAACAAAUACACGUUGUGACUGCAAUGUCGGGACCAAUAGCUUUGCAGCCGAGAAUAACUACAGGCAUAAGGCCUACUUCCGUGACGCCUCAGCGAACGGCAGACGGUCGUCCUUUAUUACCUAGACCAGCGUUGCGCGCAACAACAGCAACGAGCGUUCUUGGUACUAUUCGCACACCUGUCAGAGCACCGGCACCGAGACAGAUUCAAACGCCAACGACGCGUCCCGUAUUGCACAAGCGUGCUACGACGACGGUCAUAAAUACGCAAUCAGUUUCGCCGAGUGCCACCGGCACGCCAGUCGCGCAGAUCAGGCCGAAAUUCACAGUGCUUACGACACCCGCGCAAUCCAAACAGGUGAUUAAAACUGGAACUAGUCCAGUACAACAAACACAAAUGAAACAAUCUCCGAAGACGCCAGUGGGUAAGGCACAAUCGUUGUUAUCUCCGCAGCAAAAGUUAUUAAUGGCAAAGAGGAAAGCGCAAGAAGCAGCGGGUAUAAUUAAACCGGGUGGUCGUGGACUUUUGGCAGGUGCACGCGCAGGUGCCACUGCAGGACGAGGCAGGGCGAAAGUAGGCGAGACAUCUUCGGCGAUUACUCAGGCAGGAGCAAAAUUCAAGGAAAGCAAACUAGCGGAAGGUGAUGGACUUCACAUGGAGUUUCAUGAGGUCGGUUCAGAAGAGAGCAGCAGCGAUGGUGAGCCUGAUUUACCGCCUCCUCCCGAGUCUGAUGCCAUCACAGCUCUCGAGCCUGACAGUCCACCACGUCCGUUCACAUUGUGCCCUCUCACGGGACGUAUAAUCGGUCCAGAUGGUGAGCCAAUCGAGCAAGCGGCGGAACAACCCGAGCCUGAACCAACUGCAUCACCUUCAAACACCACGACUUUAUCGACUGCGAUGAAAACAACCACUACCGUAUCCGAAACUACGAUCGCAGCAGACGACGUUACGGCUGCUACUACCACUACCAGCACUACCAGCACUACCACUACCACCACUACCGACGCCGACGCCGACGCCGCCGCCGCCGCCGACGCCGAAUUGGUCUUACCUUCUCUGGAUUCGCUCACAGAAAGCGGUAUUAUGAGGGUCGAGAUGAGUCCUGGUGGAACAACCGGUACCAUUGUUCAAACUAGCGAAACAACAGCGCAAAUUAAUCUAUCGAACGUAACGGUACCUGCACCGGAUUUGCCAUGUUUGGACGAUACCGCUCCUACAAUACCAGCUGUACCAGCCGUUCCCGCAUCCACGCCUUUGACAGAAAACACGACGAGCCCCGUUGAAACAUCCAUCACCACGGCAUUGUCGGCUGUUACAGCAGCGACAUCAACCGUUACCAUGUCAGUAACGUCUGCUGAUGCUAAGACUGACGAUAAGAUAUCGGAAGAAAGAAAAGUGACAACAGACGAUGCGUCUAAUUUGGUUACUCUAGCAGAACAUGGUGUCGUCUAUCAAGUCGCGGGCCAAGCAGAGGAUGGACAGACGCUUUUAGUAACGCGCGACGCCGAUGGCGAACAGCAAAUAUAUGUAACUACUGAACAACAAGGAGACGACGGCUCUGUCUUGACAUUUAAUCACGCGGUUGCCGAGGCUGUAGCGCAGUUGAUUCCUGAUCAGGUAAAUCUCACUCCCCAGUUUUACGUAAAGGAAGACGGAGCCGAACCGACUGAAAAUUCAAUGGUGAUGUCUAUAAUGGAUAACGCGAAUGCGACCGAUGUAACCGGGGCCCAAGAGGAUAAUGACGGACAGGCACAAGUUGUAGCUCAAGUAGUACAAGCUGAAGAACCCACUCCAGGGGGAACUAGGAGAGUAGUACUGCUCUUAUCGGAUGGAAAUUUCAUGAUGACCGAAGUGGACGAAGAACAAUACGCUGCAUUGGAACUUGACAAAAAAACCGAAUCAAUUGCCUCAUCGGUUAGCCAACCAAAAAGAAAUAUUUCAAAAACAGAGUUACGAAAGACGAUCUUAAUUGCAGUCCCUAAUUCUGUGGAAUUUCAUAAUUAUGAAUCAAAUAAAUUAUAUCGGAAAGUUGUCGUACUACAAAAUGUAAGUACGUCUUUGGCCAGAUUUCAAUUAGCAGCAAGGCCUAUAUAUUCACGAUUCACUGUCAUGAUUGAAUGUAAAAGACAAAUGGGCAGUAUUUCCCCAGGAAUGCACGUAAAAUUAAUUAUUCUCUUUCGUUGCGAUAUUUUGGACGAGCCCAAAGAAAUGUUAAUAAUAAAUGUACAGCAAGGUCGUUCGGUGAUUAUCAAAUUGCGCGGAUAUCGAGAUUCACCGAUAUUGCGAAAGAAAAUAAAUUCACAGUUUACCGAUACAAGUAGCAACGCUGGAGAAAGUAGAUUAUAUUGCAAGAAAUUAAAAAGCUUUGAUUGUGGAGAAUGUCUCGUAGAUCAACAAGUUAUUUCAUCUCUGAUGGUUAAAAAUGUCGGAGGCGAGGGAAGAUUUUUCAUUAUGAGCGAAAUCGACUGGUGCUCGAUGCAUAUCGAGGAUGUGACAAACGACAAUAUGCUGAUUCUAUCAUCUUUUGCUAUGUGGCCCGCAUAUUUUACACUUAAACCGCAAGAGCAUAUAUAUCUAUACAUCUAUUUCUUCCCUAAUACUCACGGAAUGCAUGUAAAUUAUAAUGUGAAAAUAGUAAAUUUUUAUAUCUUUCUAUUAAAUAACUCUCUCCUCUCCUUUUCCUUUCUUUUUAUUGGCUCUAAAUUUAGAUAGAGACAUUGUAUGCAAUUUGCGACAAUUGUUCCGUGAUAACAACGGAAGUCAUUGGAGACGGAGUCGUGUA